CACUCUGUGUAUGGCGGGGUGUGCUUUUGGUCUGGCUGCAGGAACCGUUUUUGUGGCGAUGAUUCUUCUCGUGACUGUCUUUCGGGACAUUGGACAAAUCAAGGUCAAGAGGCAGCUGAGGGCCCUCGACAUCCAUGUGAAAAGAGAUGAUCCGCCAAUAACUACUGAGCGGCGAAACCGAUCUACGCAGGAAUCUAACAAUGCAUCGAAACCAGAAAAAUCAUUGAAUCUUGAAAAUCCAUUGCGAUAUUUAUCCACCAUAGCAUAUAAUUCAAAGAACCGCUUAAUAACACCAACGAGGUAUGAGCUUUCUCCCGCCAUACUAAUGCCGUCAUCAUCAGAUCGGACACAGAUUUCUUCAAUCGGUGCUAACAGAGCGAGCGUAUCAAGGCGAAUUAUACUGCUGUUUCCAGCUUCCUCCGUAACCAUGGCUGCUAGCGCAAGCUCUCUAAUAGAAACAAAAGAGAACUCGGUGACCAAAGGUAGCAAGGACUCUGGCUGCACAAUAAAGAAAAUUGAUCAAGCAGAACGAAAAGGAGCAGAAUCUCUUGAAGAAACAGCACAAAUGACCGCAGCUUCUAAGGGCAAAAAAGUUACAAGGCGAAUUCACGUCCACGAUGAUCGAACGUGGAGUUCUACUCAGACACUUCAGUUUACAGAACCAUUCGGCGGCAAUAAUGACGACGAAAAAGCUGAAUCAUUUCCCUCAAACAAUCGACACGAUGGCCGGCGUAAAACGGGCGUGUAUGAGAUGACGGAGCCAUUCCAAAACAGAGAAAUUAAUAAUGGUCAAGAUGGCAAGGUGAACAUAGACAUUCCCAUCAUGCAUCACCCGGGAGUCACUAAUGACGCGGUAACCCGGCACCAACAUGUCAGAAAGUCUCAAAUCGCCGUCCCUGUCCAGAGGAAGAUUAGCCAGCAGAUUCAGAACGGUCUGUUCAAAAUUCUCCCCGUGGCCACUACGACGAGCGAGUUCAUCGAUGCUCAAGAAACGGAGUUCUUUGUUGAUUAUUCGUACGAUGAAAUAGACGCGCGACAUAUCAACCCAUACAAAAAAAUAAAAGAGAACACUCCAUACUCGAGAAAUAAAAGACCUGAAACGAAACGUGCGAAAGGCGAAGACUUCCCCUACCAGCGACAUUUUAUGAUGCAUGGAAACAGCGCAGUAGUGGACAAGUCGAUGAUGGCUCAUACUGAAAGGCGGAACCGUGCUUUUAAGGAAUUAUUUUUGGCGUAUUCGAUGCCCUCAGCAUCUAAUACUUCAAUUAAGGUGUUCAAGGUACCCCGACAAAGAUUUACGAAGACGGUCACAAAUUCAGUAGUCUCAAGCAUGCCAGAGGCGAAGAGGACAAUGUCUACUGACAUUGAAUAUCUGGCAGACGGACACAGCGGUCCAUAGCCAAGCUAAGCCUUCUGAGACAACAACGGAAGCUUUCGUUUCUGUGGGACUUUAUCCGAUUGUCGAUUCUCUUUAUUUUAAUACAC